AUGCCUACGGGCGAUGGCUUUGUGCCGAUUUCCCAUCCGGAGAGACACAAACUCCCACUCAAGAUGCUGGAUGACCAUGAUCAGCCUAUGAACAUCUUCGGCAUUACUGUUUACCAUCAGCUGCACUGUCUGCACUAUAUUCUGCAGUCCUGGGUUUCGUUCGUCUACAGUGAGAAGCAGGAGAAUUUCUUCCCCUCCCACAUCCUCCACUGCUUCGACUAUAUCCGAUUUGGGUUAAUGUGCGGUGUGGAUACGGCUCUUGAGGGUGCCAGUCUCGUGGAAGGGCCUCGACGCGGCACACUUGGUCUCGGAACAGUUCAUAUCUGUCACGACUGGGAUGCACUGUUCACAUGGGUAGAAAAUGAAAAUGCCCAAGUCGAGAGCAAACGUAGCUAG